UAUAUGGAUUGCGCUUGAUUCAAGUUGCACGGCGAGCUUGUUGGGGGACUGUGGGAGAAAGAUAAUUCGUUUUUUAAGUGUAAAUGUUCAGUCCGUUGUGGCUCAAUUACUAUAUCAAGCUCACACUCCUCAGACGUAGACGAGACCUGCGAUGCAGUCAACUUAUAAAACAAAUCUGCAUUUCUAUUGGUCCCAAACAACACAAUUCGACAUCUGAUUGGAUCAUAUUUUUUCCUUCUGACUCCUUCGCAGAAGAGCCAUCAAGUUCGGUUAAUGAGCAAAAAGUUGAUGUCAACCCAAAAGAAGCCCGAGUAACUCCUCCCGUCUCGAAAUUAUGAGUGACCAACAGCAAGAUGAAAUGGCCGCGAUGGUGGAGAGUGGCGGAGGCUUCCUUCAAAAGCGGAAUACAAAUUCCGGACACCAAGGUCAGCACUCAGCAGACCAAUUUUUCUUGCAGGACUCUCAGCAGCCAUCUCCACUGGCAUUGUUGGCAGCGACCUGUAGUAGAAUCGACACUCCUGGUGAUAGCGACUCCGGCUCUGAACAACAACACCAGCAGCUAGACCUAACUCAAGCCCAGCUGACCCAGGCAGCGAAUGGGAGCUGGCAGAUCAUCCCGGUCAGUUUGGGGAGUUCCUCCGGUUCCAACACCAUCACCACUGACUCCACCGGGAUGGUCAUGACCACUGGGGACUUGGGGAAGAACAGAGGGCAACAGCAGGUUUUGACCACGGUCUCCAGCGGGCACCAGGGACAGCAGCAGUACGUGCUGUCUUCAGCUCCUUCCCUCCAAGGCCAGCAGGUCCUCACUAUGUCCGGGGGCCAGGUUGUGUCCAUGCCUAACAUCCAGUACCAGGUCAUCCCUCAGUUCCAGACAGUGGACGGACAGCAGCUACAAUUCACCCAGGCAGGGGUGCAGCAGGACCCCAACAGCGCUGGACAGUUCCAGCUGGUGUCUUCACCGAACGGUGGGCAGCAGCUGGUCAGAACCACAGGCGGGGGGAACAUUUUAACCAUGCCCGCCGGGCUGUUGCAGCAAGCCAUCCCACUACAGAAUCUGGGCCUGGGAAACAGUGUCCUGCAGAACAGCCAGGGCCAGUUCCAGUUGGCCAGCGUGCCGGGGCUGCUGAACGGCAAUAUCACCCUGCUCCCAGUGAGCGCAGCCAGCGGUGAUGGGAGCGGGGGGGACAACAGCACCAACCAGCAACUUCAACAGAUCGUGUCGACCUCCGGAGGAUACUACACCAACUCCACCACCACCACCACUCAGACAGCCACUUCCUAUGGCAGUAUGGCACAGCAGACCCAGAGUACCAAUGGCUUCCAGAACUCAGUCGGCGGAGUCCCCAUCCAACCGGACAAUCGUGACCAGCAGCCGCAGCAGAUCCUCAUUCAGCCCCAGCAGUUGAUCCAAGGCGGCACCUCCCUGCAGACCAUAUCAGCGGGAGGGCAGGUGUUCGCAGCCCCAACGCUCACUCAGGACGCCCUGCAGAACCUGCAAAUUCAGACCAUCCCCAACACCUCACCCAUCCUUCUGAGGACCGUAGGGCCUAACGGACAGGUGAGCUGGCAGACCCUUCAGUUGCAGAGCCCGGCAGGGACCCAGAUCACCCUGGCCCCCAUGCAGGGACUCUCUCAGCUGGGCCAGGCACAGGCAGGUGUCCAGCUCCCAGGUCUGCAAACCAUCAACCUCAACACGCUGCAAAACUCAGGCAUCCAAAUGCACCAGCUACAAGGCGUCCCCAUCACCAUAGCCAAUGCAGCAGGAGACCAGAGUAUGCAGACCGGCGGGGACAGUCUAGAUGACAGCACCGCCAUGGACGAGGGCGACACCUCCCCUCAGCCCCAGAACCGAAGGACACGCAGGGAAGCCUGCACCUGUCCCUUCUGCAAGGAUGGCGAGGCUCGAGAUCCCAAUAAGAAAAAGCAGCACAUCUGCCACAUCGCAGGUUGUGGGAAGGUGUACGGUAAGACGUCUCACCUGCGAGCGCACCUCCGUUGGCACACCGGAGAACGACCCUUUGUCUGCAGCUGGUCCUUCUGCGGCAAGAGGUUCACGCGUUCAGACGAACUGCAGCGCCACAAGAGGACACACACUGGGGAAAAGAAGUUCUCGUGUACAGAGUGCCCUAAACGCUUCAUGCGCAGCGACCACCUGUCAAAACACAUCAAGACCCACCUCAACAAGAAAGCCACUGGUGGCUCUGCCCCUGCCUCUGACAACUCCACCCCUCAGACAGGAGAUGGGGCCACCGAGGGCGGGGCGGGGGUCAACGAACCACACGCCCUCAUCACCAUGGAGACGCUGUCAGCUGAGGGCAUUGCCAGAUUAGCUAGCAGCGGGAUCAAUGUGAUGCAAGUGGCCGACCUGCACUCCAUCAACCUCAACAGUAACGGAUAUUAAGUACUGGGUGGCUGAUUGAAUGUCAGGGUUCAGAACAGCAGACAGUGGACACUGACUCAGAUCUUUUCUAAGGGCUAAGAAGGGCUAUGUCUGGAUUAUACUCAGAAAGUCCAUGCAAACAGGGGCCACCGAGCUCAGUAAGAUACUAUUUUUGAGAGGCAGCAGCAAGGAGACCCCGUCCCUUUUAUUUAGAUACUAAAACUCUGGUGUUUUCCCAGGGACUUGGAGCCAAGGCAGUAGGGGGUGGAGUGUGUGGAGCGGUGAACGUUCUAGAAUGUCUACGCGUCAGUGGGCUUUCAUGGUCCCGCUAUCAUAAAUUGUCCUAACUCGGAAUGACGAAGGCCCUGCUCUGUAGCUGGUUUAGGUCUGAGGGUAAAAGGGGCCUUCUGAUGCAAUACAAAUCCGUCUCUUCUAGUCUGUUUGGAUGUGUUUAUUGGGUAGCCCGAUUUAUAUUUUCCCCCCUUGGACCAGUUGGUUGUUUGACCAACACUUCAGUGCAAAUCUAAUUUGUCCAAAAGAAAUUGGGCUGCCUUGUCUAAACGCUGCCUCUUUGUACAGGAGGUAGAUAUCACACUACUACUAUUACUACUCACAGUCCAGAGACCUGCCUCCCCUGUUUUCUAUUUCCAUACAUCUCUAUCACUCUCUCUUUCAACCCUGUCUCUCAACUCAGUCUGGAUGUAGUAUGCUAUAGUAACAGUAUUCACCAGGUGUACCAGGGCUUCCUUCUUUGGUCUACUGCACCAGCCGGGUAACUGUGGGUCAGGCCACCUUUGAUCUGAUCCUACCCUGUCUGACAUCUGUUUAUUCUCAUCGGCUGCAGGAAGGGUCUCCGUUUCAGGUCCCUAAUGAUCUCUAAGGUCUGUUCCAAAGGACGUAAUGUUCCAGAAUGCUCCGCUAGGAAUGUACAGUUUAGAACAGAUAUGAUCUUCUGUUGAAAAUCAUGUCAGCUCUUCUUUCUGUCUUUGGAGUGGUGCGACUUGUGGAAUACAACCCAUACCCAGGAGCACUAAUUAUCAGGGGGGAGGACACUGGCAGCCUGUUCCCUAAAGUAGUGGACUACAUUGAUUUUAGGGUGCCAUUUUGAAUAUAGUUCUGAAAUCCUCAUGAGAUAUUUUUGGUUUUUUUGCCUUUUAUAUGAUUAAUUAUAUAGGUACACAUUCAAGCCAUCAUGCUUUGAUACAUUUAUCAUAGCAAAAAAUAUUUUUUUGAUAAUGUUUUUGUAUGUAUAUAUUUUUUUCAAAAAAUGUGUAAAGCUACGUAAAUUCAUACCAUAGGAAGGAUCAACUGAACUUUAUGGUCACAAGAGAUUGCCUUUUGUGUGGAUGACUUUCUCAUACACAAUCAAUCUUAAACUUCUAUUGUUAUCAACUUUUAUAUAAAUGUAGAUUUUGUUUGUCAACUCAAUGUCAAAAGUAUUCUGUCUAUAGAACGGCCUAUGUAUGUAAUAUAGUCCAGUUCUUACCAGUACAUAUGAACCUUUUUUCUGUGGUAUUUUGUCAACUUGCUUCAUAUUCUAGCUCUUUUUCAGAUGUAUUUGGAAAUCAAAUUCCUCCUGGCUACUUUAACAACUUACAUAUAUUUUUUUUAAGUCUUAAUUUCCAAAUACUGCAAAAAAUAAAUGUAAGCUCAAACCAAAGUCCAUUAUAUGUUUGUAAAAGAACUCUGGGAUUUUGGAAUGGAACUAUACAUCACUGAGUUCUAAAACAGUUGCAGACAGUCAGCAAGUAACAAGCAUGGCUUGGGUGGACAUGUUAUAACAUGGGUUUUUGCAUAAGGCUUCAUAAGUUCAGUAACUUAAAAUCUCCAGGUUUGCCUGAAAUCUGGUUUGGGGGAUUUCUGGAUUUCCUGUUUAUUUCAUUGUUUCUGAUUUUGUAAAACUUAUUGAAAUCCUUUUCCUUCCGGAAACUGAUAAGGGAUUGAUUGGUCAAGAUGUCAAUUUGUUUUGUAGGCUACUUGCAGAAAGGUUUCCCCUAUCCUAUAGCAUGGAUACAUUUGGAAGUCUGUCACCCCGUUUUGAGUUUAUUUUGGUGGGAAGUAUCUUUUUAUUCAAAAUGGUAGUUUAUUUGGCAACUUAUCAUGUUUUCAGAUCCAUUUAUGGGGAGUGAAGGUGGAAAAUUUCAUACAAGCACAUUUUUGUUAAUUUCUUCUAGCCACCUUGGAUUUACCUUUUUGAAUGUUUUAAAAGGUAGCCAGAGAGAAAGCUGGAUUUAACUUCAUAAGGCUUCGGAACCAUCGAGCUGGUGUUUCUGAAAAACCAGGGCAUUUUCGGUAAAGCCCAUAUAGCUGGAGUUUUACAAGGCUGCAUGUUGUGGAAGAUGUGUGUUCUUGAAUAACCAGAAAGGUAUCAGUUUCAUGUGUUGUACCUCAGAAUAUUAAAGACAAUGUGUAACACGUGUCUUGAUAGUCCAAAUACUUGUAUCAAUUGAUAGAUUCAGUACUUGGAUGGGUUGUCAGUCCCUGUGGAGGAUUACAGGGGAGGGAGUUAAUUGGUUCAUAGAUUGCAUUCCACGCAAUAGACUGCAGUGCUAUUGGCCCUGUUCAAAUGGAGUACACUAUAUAGGUGCCAGUCCCCAGGGCUCCAACAUGUUGAAAGGGGUACCUAACUAUCAGUGACUAAAAUGUCAACUUGGCGCUUGAGAUUUUGAUGUGUUUUCUACUAUUUGGUUGUCAACUCCUGUCCUUGCUAUGAAUUAUUGGUUUUCACCAGACCACAAAAAGUGCCCUUAAUAAACCUUUUUGUUCUUUAUCUAUGGGAGUUGGUUUUUGUAAUUGUGAAUAUUACUACAGAUGCCAACAAAUGGAUUAAAAUUGAAUAAAGAAA